CUCUGUCUAUGGGUAUGGAAUAAUAAUAUUAUGCAGGUACUGAAAACUGCGACGAAAAUAUAUCGCAAAUGAUAAUAUUUUCCGCCUGUUUCGACAGUAAAUUAAUUCGGAUCAUCGCGGUUCUCUCGGCGRCUGGUGGCAAAGGGCGAGCUCUUAUACCGGACUUGUGACACCGAAGGGUCAAACCGCAAUUAUCGUCAAAACGUUGUGAAAGACACCGUUUCGCUCCGCAGUGGGUACCAGUCGUUAUUCAUCGUUAUUGGAAAGCAGGUGUUUAAAGGUACCAUAAUCGAACCAAGUCUAGGUCGAACCUAUACCGCCAUCGGCAUGGAGGCGGUGGACGUUGUGGCCGAGUCUGCCAAAACCGCGGCAGAUCGUCGGCCACCAACCGUCGGGUUGGACUUCAACGAAGCGAUGGCCGACUUCAAGACGAUGUUUCCGACGCUUGACGACGAAGUGAUCGAGGCGGUGUUGCGGUGCAACAAGGGCAGCGUGGACCGGACGGUCGACCAACUGUUGACGAUGAGCUGCGAAUGUCGGGCGGCCGACCUGCUCAAUGGGCCGACCGACGGUGGUGGUCUUCCCGUGCAGCACGCGGUCUUCGACCCGAUGUUGCCCGACGUGCUGCACAACCUCGGCAAGAAGGCCGCCCGACAAAUCGAUGGCUGUUCGUCAAGCCGUUGGAACCCACCGAUGCUCGGACCCCUGCCCACCGACUUCCUCAGGCUCACGACCACUGGCAAUUUAACAUCACAAGUAAACGUUUCUGAGAGCGAACUCAACGACGAGCAAAUAGCGAUUCUGUUGCAAAAUGAAGAAUUCCUCGUGCAGCUGCGCAAAAACGAACAAUUUCUCUCCACCUUGGAUAAAGACAGUCCUAUUGAAGAACAAAAGUUCUUCGUCCCAAAUCAGAUACACGGUGACGAGGAUGCUGCAUUUAAAGAAAGGUUAAAAAAUAUGGGGAAAGCUUCCAGGAAGAAAUUUAUCCAGAUUGCACGAGUAUUUACCGGAAAAAAGAAGAAAAGCACGGCACGCAAUAUAAUGAAUCAAGGAGAUACUCACACAAAAGACAAUUUAUUUCUACAUGAAGAAGAACACUGAAACAAAUAUUUUACUUGUUGUUAAUUGUUUAGAAAAUAUUWUUUUCUUUUACAUUCAAUCAUGUUAUUGUUUUUACCAUUUAGAAUAAUAUA